AUGAAGGUCUUUUUGCCUAUAGUGGCCCUCGCUGGGCUUGGCUUGGCUGCAGACAUGAAUGUUUGGGACCUCGAUGACUCUUGUCAAACACCUGAACGUAAGGGUGCCUUUGAGAAAGCAUACAGUGACGCUGAGGUCCUGGCAGUCAAGGCUCAAGAAGACCUUGAGAAGCUCAAAGGCGCGCGUCCAGACUUUGUCUCAAACAUGCGAACCAAUUGGGAUCGUAUUGCGAGGGCUGCGACCAACAUGUUUGGCUUUGUGCCAAAUGCAGAUGGCCAUGACCCCAAUGAAGAGCAUUACUCGAGUGUUAGAUAUGUUUAUGAUCGCAUGGUCAAGACCCUUCACAAUGACGAAAUGAUUCCAGCCAACGGCUACGGCGGACUCAAGCCCCUUCUUCUAUGCGACGAAAGCAAAUUCGUCUGGGUCGGAAGAGACGACAAGGAUCCCCAUGAUCCAGCAGGACGCCCCCUUCGCGAAUCCAGACCGAAAGAGAUGGCGGGUACAAAAGCCGGAGCUUGGGUCUACAAGAAACGCUACCUGGUAAAUGGCGUCAAGCAACCCGACACAGGACUUUGCAGACCAGGCGUAUUUGCCGUCACCCUUACCCGAAACGAUUUCAUCAUCUUUUGUCCUCCAUCAUUUCAGGACCCGGUGGCUAGUACAAAAUCUGCUGUUGAUGCUAAAGACAGCGUUCAGAAAGAUGAUGUAUUGGAUACAUACUCGGCUACUAGCCUUUCUCGAGUCAUGGUCCACGAGCUUGCCCAUUGGUUUGGUGGUGCUGGGAAUGGUGGAACUGACAACCGCAAUGUCCCUGAUCAACAAGCCGUCGGAAAAGAGGGAGCAUUGGUCUGGCAAAAGCCCGACGGCAAACGCACCACUGAUGCGACUCUUAAAGACCUCAAGAAAUAUCUUACAUACAACUUUAUGUGGGUUUCCAACUUGGCGCGCUCUCACGAGGGGGCCAACGCAGGAAAUUGUGGCCCGAGCAAAGCCACUUUCACGGCUGAGUCAUAUGCCCUUUUCGCAUUAAUGUCUUACAUGGAUAACUGGGAUUGGGCUAAUGAUGGGAAGGCAAAGGCGUUUGUUGACGAAAUGAUCCCAUAUGAGAGACUUCCUAACAGUAAGAAGGCUUUGCUGCAGAUAAUACAGUAA